GGCGGGUCUGGUGGGUUCUCAAGCAGGGUUUUCCCUUCUUUCUCCGCAGAGAUCGGCGGACAUCCUCAAGACCAGCCUCGCAAUUUAUCUUACCUUCGCAAUCCGCUGCACGAUAUGCAGGCUAUCCGCAGGUUCUCUCCGCUGUCGCUGCUGUGGGGUCGCAAGCCCUCGGCUGACUUGACUUGCAUUCCUUUCGAUAUCAUGGUCGAGUUUGUCUUCCCGCUCCUCAAUAUCCAGGAUAUUAUGCGGCUGCGUAGGGUAAACAAGUGGUUCUUCCACCUCACCCACGAGCCUUCCAUUUGGCGCCGCUUCCUCCCCGAGCUCAAUCUCCUCGUUCCACCCAUCCGCCCCUCCGUGCGCUACCUCUCCCUCGCCGGUCGCCACGAAGCCGAGCACGCCGUCACCCGUGCCGUCUCCCUCGCCGACAACUGGACGCGCACAGCCCCGCGCGUCUGUGCCUCAUCCCAAAUCGAUACCGCGCACUACAUCCCAAGCGAGACGACGCUCCUGCCAGGCGGGAAGUUCAUGCUGGCGGCGACAAACGAUGCUAGUCGCCGCCGAGCGAAUAUCUCGGUGUAUGGGAUGGACCAUCCAAGGCGGGGGCAUGUGCUGUUGGCGAGGAUUGAUAUGGGGGUGCAGGCAGAUGCGUACAAUUUGGUGGCGAGAUACGCGCCGUGGAAGGGGAAGAUGGGCAUCAUCUUGGCGUAUCAGCAGCGGACGUUGCGGAAGACGGUCAGUGGGGACAAGAAGUUGAAGGAGAACUUCAUGAAGGCGACGGACUAUGUACCAGGCCGCGACAUCGAAGAUCCGGCUGCGCCCUUCCUGUAUCAUCUUACGUGCGUCUUCAUCGACGUCGAAGCCCUGGAGGAGCUGGUCGACCCGUGGAUUGUGCCCGGCUCGAUGCAGUACGUCAAUACAGCCGAGCACCAUGGGUCAGACAAGGCGUGCACCCGCAUCUGCCAUCGGUGGAGCAAGUACAAGUUCAUUCAGCCCAACAUCUUCCAAGAGGGCGGGCAACCGUUCCUCGGGUGGGCGUACAAUCCUGAUAGGAUACACUGUCUCUCCCUCGACGACCUUCGUGGCAUGCGUUUCACGCUUGAGGGCGACCCUGACAUUCCUCCUGAGCGUUACGAAGUCCUCACCUGGCGUUGCUUCGGUGCCCAGUCCCUCUUCCUCACUAUCCGCACUAUCAAGAUCGACGAAGAAUGGGUUCCCUCCACCACUCGCACUACCUCUUACAACCCGCUCGACCUCCUCGAGAAGCGUGCGAAGCACGACGUCGUCGCCGAGAUCUUCUACCCCACGUCCGUCGGCGGCGACGGCGAGACAUUCUGUGCCGAGAACUUCAAGCUCAGCGAGGCGCAGGACGAUGUGCCGCUGCGGGCAUGGGUCUCGGAGUCGGACUAUGCGCCUACACCCGGGGACUGGCCAAGGCUGAGGCAGGAUGGCGCGCCACCGCGUCCAGUGGGACUGUUCCUGCAGUUCUUGCAGAGGCAACCAGAUGGGACUACGCGUCCGGCACUGCGCCACGAGACCAUCUUCCCGAGCUUGCUCGACCGCGACGCGCUUAUCAACGACGGCAUGGAUGCAGCAGACGCCGCACGCCUGCCGGAGUGGACGUGGAGCUUCGACGGGAUGCAACUGCAGUCAAAGUACGUCGCGGCUGAUCCCAGUGCGGGGCUGCGCUACGUCCUCCCCGGCGCAUAUCGACCACUCGCCUACGAGGUCGCGGGAGAUGGUCGAGAGGCCGCGCCUGCGGUGCGCGCUAUCGUCCGCGGGACGACGCAGAAGCUGCAGUACCCCGCCGACUACGACGCCGCGCACAUCCAGACCUGGUGGGAUGACAAGCUCGUCGACCAGCGGGAUGCUAUGAACGUCGAUCUCGAGGCACCGCUGGAGAGGAUACCUUCGUCCGUCGCCUUCGACAUGGCGCAGGGCGUGUCGCACAUGGCUUGGGACGAGUGCAUCGGCCGGCUCUGUGUGAUCGCGCCAGGCAAACACUACAUCGACAUCCUGGACCUCAGCUCCGCUGCCCAACCGGACUCGCGCUUCGGGAGGUGGGAUCGUAGCUCCGGCUUUCUGUGUUGAUUCAGAGUGGGUUGCUCUGUCAUUUGCCAUCUUUUGUGCACCAUCUAUCUUCCUACUUACGAUCGUAUGCUUUUCAUUUCCUAUGCUCAUCGUCAGCACGGUCCUUUUUUGUACACGCAUCUGCCCACUCCUUGUAUGCCCGUAUGCUUACCUUUCAUCCUGCACCUGGCUAUCGCCUGCCAUCUCUAUGCAUUAUGCACUAUAUUAUUUCACGACCCUUAUGACCUCCUCGCGCUCUUCAGCGGUGUAAAGCUGGGCUAUGCCCAAUUUGUGUUUCCUCGGGAAAAGUUAUCUAAACGGUGGUUCCUACGUGAGGUGUAUCACUAUUUUCGAUCCAGGGCCAUGCAAUGCCGAUUACUGCGAUGCAUAGCACAAGACUCCUGCCCUCGCCAAG